CACGCGCUCCCGGGACUCCCCACGCCCCCGAGCUCGCGAUCGCGGCCGCGCUGGGCGCGGGCGGCAUCCCGAGGCCGCCGUCCAGCCGGGCCGCCGCUCCCGCACUCCCAUGGAGGGCGCGGGCGCCGGCGGCCCCCCGACCCUUCCCGCGUGGGUCGGGGCCGCGCUGCUGCUGCUCGCCGACUGGGGGCUGCUCCGGCCCGCGCUGCCCGGCGUGGUCUCCCGGCUGGUGCCACGGGGGCCGCUGCUGCAGCUCUGGGCGGUGGGCCUGAGCCGCUGGCUGCGCUCUGGCUGGGGGGUCCGCGGGGUGCUGAAGGCGACGGCCCCCCGCGAGGGCAGGCGCGGCCGUCCGCGGUGGCCGGCCGCCUUGCAGCCCUUGGCGGCGGCGCUGGGCCUGGCCCUGCCGGGACUUGCAUUGUUCCGAGAGCUGGGCUCGUGGGGCGCCGUCGGCGGCGCCCACGGAGCCCGGGCUGUGCACUGGGCCAGCCGCCCAGACGCCUUCUCCUUGGGCUACGUGGCCGCUCUGCCCGCGGCCGCCCUGUGGCACAAGCUCGGGGGUCUGUGGGCGCCCGGCGCUGGGGGGCCCGGGAACUCCGUGCGCCGGCUUCUCGGCUUCCUGGCCCCGGAGAAACGCCGCGUCCCGCUGGUUCUGGCCCUGUUCCUCCUCUCCAGUCUCGGGGAGAUGGCCAUUCCGUUCUUCACCGGCCGCCUGACCGACUGGGGUCAGAGAGACCGGACAGCCUCUGCCUUCACCAGAAAUGUAACUCUCAUGUCCGUGCUCACCAUAGCCAGUGCUGUGCUGGAGUUCGUAGGUGACGGAAUCUAUAACAGCACCAUGGGUCGUGCGCUGCGCAUUCACGGGAACGUGUUUGAAGCUGUCCUGCGCCAGGAGGACUGAGUUUUUUGAGCAGAACCAAACAGGUACCAUCACACAUCUCGGGUAACAGAUGACACAUCCAACAUGUGUGAGUCUCUGGGCAGCAGACUGAGCCUACUGAUGUGGUACCUGGCAAGAGGGCUGUGUCUCUGGUUCAUGCUCUGGGGGUCACUGUCCCUCACUGUGGUCACGUUGGUCUUCCUGCCUCUGCUUGUCCUUCUGCCUGAGAAGAUAGGAGAUCUGUACAAGUCACUGCAAGUACAGAAGUUGAAAUUUCUGGCAGAGGCAAGCCAGGUAGCCAUUGAGGUUCUGUCAGCUAUGCCUACAGUGCGGAGCUUUGCCAAUGAGGAGGGAGAGGCCCAGAAGUUUAGGAAUAAGUUGCAAGAACUGAAGACACUCAGCCAGAAGGAGGCCCUGGGCUAAGUAGCCAACUUCUGGUCUACCAGUGUGAAUCUCAGGAUGCUGCUGAAGGUGGGCAUUCUAUACAUCGGUGGGAAGUUGGUGACAAGAGGGGCUCUAAGCAGUGGGAACCUCGUCAUUGUUCUCUACCAGGCCCAGUUCACCAGAGCUGUUGAGGCGCUGCUGAUUUGCUACCCUGAGGUCUACAAGGCUGUGAGCGCCUCAGAAGGAAUAUUUGAGUACUUGGACCGGACCCCUCGCUGCCUACCCAGUGGUUUGUUGACUCCCUUAAACAUUAACGGCCUUGUCCAGUUCCAAGAUGUCUCCUUUGCUUAUUCAAGCUGUCCAGAUGUCCCAGUGCUGCAGGGACUGACAUUCACCCUGCGUCCUGGGGAGGUGACGGCGCUGGUGGGACCCAAUGGGUCCGGGAAGAGCACGGUGCUCGCCCUGCUGCAGAACCUGUACCAGCCCAGCGGGGGACAGGUGCUGCUGGGAGAAGCCCUUUCCCAAUAUGAGCAUCGCUACCUGCACCGACAAGUGGCUGCCGUGGGACAAGAGCCACGGCUGUUCGGAAGAAGUGUGCGAGAAAAUAUUGCUUAUGGCCUGCUGAAGAAACCUUCCAUUGAGGAAAUCACGGCUGCUGCCAUGGAGUCCGGAGCCCAUCAUUUCAUCUAGACUCCUCAGGGUUAUGACACGGAAUUCAAUAUCCAUGUGUGCACACGUCCCUGUACGGCUCUCACCGGGUGCCUGUCUCUGCAGACGCAGGUGCAGCAGCUCCUGUAUAAAAGCUCUUCACGGCACUCUCGCUCGGUGCUGCUCAUCACCCAGAAUCUCAGUUUGGUGGAGCAGGCUGACUACAUCCUUUUUCUGAAAGGAGGCACUAUCCACGAGCAGGGAUCCCACCAGCAGCUCAUGAGCAAGAGGGGGCUCUUGGCCAUGGUGCAGGCUUCUGCGGCUGCUCCAGAGUGAAAGACAUUUUGAGCCUGCACCCUGCCUUUCCCUCCCUUUUCCUCUGCUCUCUGUGAUGGGCCUGCAGGGCAGGCAGCUGUUGUUAGGAGGAGUUGCCCCAAUGCACCUCCCUAGAUGGUGUUUCAAACGUUUGGCAGCUAGUAUUACUUCCUCCCUAAGUGUUCCGCCUACUCCUCCCCAUUUUCCUGCCAGUACUACGGCUUGAACUCAGGUCCUUGAGCUCUGGGUUUGG